UGGUGAUGAUGGGGGGGGGGGGGCGGGAAGCGCUUCGCCGCACAACACGGGCCAGCCGGGGGCGGCCAGCGCGGGGACGGCACCUGCCGCCCGCUCCUCCCCUCUUCAGGAGGGGGCCGCGGUGGAGCGCAGGAGGGAGGCCCCAUCAUGGGCGGGGGGAGGCCGGAGGGAUGCGGAGCUGCCCGCCGCCGGGGGCGGCCCCCGAGGGCGAGGGCGCGGUCCCUGGGCGGGCGGGCGGGGCCGUACGCAGGCCCGGGCGAGCCAGGCAGAGGCCAGGGGAGGCUGGCGCCGGGGAGAGGCGGGCCAAGCCCGGCGGCCGGCCGCUGCCUCCUCUCCGGCAUCCGCGGCCUUCUUCCCCCCCGGCCCCCAACCUUCACAGCUGGGGGCAGGGCUGAGGCCGUCGCGGGUGAGCGUUGGCGAGGGACUGAACCGUAUCUCUGUGCAUAGGUGAGCCCGAUGUCGAUUCGCCGGCUGGGCGAGGGGGAGCGCGGCUGUCCCUAGCUGAUGCUGAAGAGCCGGCCCGGGGCCGGCAGUCCACCUGGAGCCGGCGGGGCCCUGUGCGUGCGCGGGGUGGGAGACAUGGACUCGGCAGAGCCCGCGGGCGGAGACCUUUCGUCCGAUCGGCCCGCGGCUAUCCGCCUUCGCUACGGGGAGGAAGAGCCGGACAAGGAGGGAGAUGAUGCGGGAGGGAAGAGCGGCGGCUGCUCCUGGGAGCAGAGCCUGAAUCCCGAGCUGCAGCAGGGAUACCGCAUCUUGCGCGAGUUUCUCAUGGAGAAGUACCGGCCGCUGACAGCACCGUUUUUGAAGCCUCUCGCGGAGCAGUCAUCCAUCAGGGAAGAAGGAGUUGGCUCCCUCUCCGGUCGCAACAGCAGUCACUCUUCUCAGCAGUCGCCAGCUGGAAUGUGGCUGUUGAAGAUGGAAGAGAAAUUUUCCAGUGGGCAGUACACAGGCAUAGCAGAUUUCGUGGGUGACUUCCGCCUGAUGCUGGAGACGUGUUACCGGCUGCACGGUGUAGACCACUGGCUCUCCAAACAGGCCCAGAAGCUGGAGAUGAUGCUGGAACAGAAGCUGGCGCUGCUGUCCCGGCAUUUAAGAGAGAAAACAUCGAUAGCUGUAACAUCUAGAGGAUGCUAUGGGCUGGAAGAUGAGAAAGGAACAGCAUGCAUUUCAACAAGACGUCGUUCCACACCUCGCAAUUUAGUAGGCUUGUCAACAGGCAUGUUUGAGUCUGUGAUGGUUCAGGUUCUAAGACAAGAGGAACAGCUGAGAGCAAAAGAGGAAAAGAGGCUGAGAGAACAAGAAAGAAAAGAAGCAGAAGAAGCUAGUCAGAAAGAAAUAGAAGAAUGGGAAAAGUCACUUUUAGCUCAAGCAGCACCUACAAGGAUGGAGACAAUGUGGGAGAUUCCAGCUAUUGGUCAUUUUCUUUGUUUAGCACAACAGAUCUUAAAUUUACCUGAAAUAGUAUUCUAUGAAUUGGAACGUUGUCUUCUGAUGCCUCAGUGUAAUGCUUUUUUAUCUAAAAUAAUGACUUCUUUGUUAAGUCCUCCUCAUCGCAGAUCUACAUUACAUCGCAGGCCUACACUUUCUUACAGGACUUGGGAAGCAGCACUCAGACAGAAGGUACAACACUGGUAUACCAUUGUAGGGCAGACUGACAAUCCUAAUAGCUCUGCAGAAAAACUUGGAUUGUGUCCACAGUUUUUCAAAGUCCUCGGAGAAGUUAAUCCCUUGGAGGAAAAAUCAUUUCAUGAGCUACCAUUCUACCAAAAAGUGUGGCUGCUAAAAGGUCUCUGUGAUUUUGUGUAUGAAACACAAAAGGAUGUUCAGGAUGCAGUGCUAGGUCAGCCUAUCCAUGAAUGCAGAGAAGUAAUCCUUGGUUAUGACUACUUGGAGAAUGCAUAUGUUCAUUUUCCACAGUUCUGUGGUGCAGACGUUCGGAUUUACAAACAAAAACCUUUUCAGGCUCCUGAAUUCCCAUCUCCUCCCAUCAAAGUUAAAAAAGUGUCACGUAUUAAAUUGGAGAAAGUAAAACAUGAAUAUGCAGGCAAAAGCAACGGGGAGGUCAGUGCUGGUGGUAGAGAAGAGCUGCUACAUCAUUCCAAGACAGAAAUAGGGAGAAGCAUGGACUCCAUUGUUAUCUGUCCAGAAAAAAAAACACAUUUAGGUAGCUUUAGAGUCACUGCAGAGGAGAUUAAGAUUAACUGUGAAAUCAAGACGUCAAGAGUCUGUGACAUCAAAAAAACUGAUUCCUAUAAAGAGAACUUGAGGAAUUCGAUUAGUUCAGGAGAGAUUGUUGGUAUGGGUAGUCACCCUAGUUCAGGAGAGAUAAGGGCUGUGGACAAUGGACAAGGUUGUGCUGAAGUAGCCAGAGUAAAAGCUGAGAUCAGUCCAUUCAAGGAGAACACAUUGAAUGCUUGCCAGAUGCAUGUCAAUGGUGCUCAAAAUGACAACCAAGACGUAAAUUACCACGAAUCUGCUAAAGACAUAAUGCUAGAGAACUCGCUGCGAAAUCAUAAGAAACUAAGUAAGUUGCAGGCAAAAAAGAAGAAAAAGAAAAAAAAGAAGUUGAAGGAUAUUCUAAAUGAAAAUCUACAGAGAAAACUUGAUGACUUGCAAAGAAAGCGUGAGAUUCAUCUUCAUCCAUUCAAAUCUUACAAAUCUGAGAUCCAGAACAAGUUGUUUAUAAUUAAAAAGAAAGCAAAACACAAGAAGCACAAGUCUGGAAAAAAAUCGGUAUCUAAAAAAGCAAUCACAAAGAAGAGGAAAGGUGUCACAAAGUCUACCAUACCAGAAUUUCAGCUUAUUUGCACUAAUCUUGAUGAACUCAGGGAAUUAAUCACAAAGAUUGAGAAUGAACUCAAAGAUCUGGAGGACAUUAAAAAGAAAUCGGGAAGAUGGUACCACCGGAAGCAAGCAGUAAAGGAAUUGCAUGGUACAUUGAUACGACUGCUUAAUGAACUGUUACCAUGGGAACCAAAGCUAAUGAAAGCAUUUCAAAGAAACAGGUCUAGAUUAAAGAAGGACUAUGAUGACUUUAAAAGACAUCCAGACCAUGAUAAAUUUACCAGAGAAUUGUGGAGUAAUGAUGAAAGUGAAGCUGAUUCUGGCAAAGAUUCUUUUGCAGUAGUAUGUGGUAAAUCUUCAGAGUCUGCAGAACAUGUGGAGGUUCCCAAAAAAGAUCGCCCAGACAAUGAUGAAGUGAAACUACUAGAGAUGAAUUUACCUGCAGGAAAAAACAGAAUUCUGAAAAAAGAAUCAACUUCUAAAGAAAUACAGAAGACACUGCCCAAAUGUGUUAAACGACAGUCCAAGCAAAACAGUUGUCUGGAUCAAAGUACUAACGAGCUUUCACCAAGGAAGAAAGCUAAGCUGAGCACUAAUGAGGCUGGGGUCCAGAGUUCAGAAAGUAGCCUGCAGCCAGAUCGUUGUUUGACUGAACUGAAACAAUUUGAAGGGUCAACUCUAGAAUCAUUUUCCUUGACAGAUCCUGCAACAUCAGCAUCAAAUUUUCUGAAAGGGACCAAACCCAUCCAGGCCUUGCUUGCCAAGAAUACUGGGAACAAAGUGACCUUAACAAAUCAACUGUCACCUCCCCCAGGCAUAAAUGUAUCUACUUCUGAAAAGCCAAUUUUAUCACCUUUGGAAUCAUCACUGAUAAAACCAGCAUUGCCCUGCCAGACCAGUUCAAAGACUCCUUUACAAAUGGUAUACAAAAUGCCAAAUGGGCACUGCGUACCAAUAGACCUUCACAACAGCUCUGUGAAAAUUCAGAUGCAACCUGUGAUUGACCCUAAAACAGGAGAAAAAGUCAUGCAACAAGUUCUUAUUUUACCUAAGAAUUUUCUUAUUCAGCAGAAGGAAGGAAAAAUGGUGUCCAAGGACAUUCAGUCACUACAACAAAAAUCAUCUGAGAUGCACUAUAUAACUUUACCAGAAAUAUCAAAUGUCAGUGUUUCUUUAACACCUGUUCUGGUAACAGGCCCUGCAAAUGCUACCACUCAGUCACCUACUACGAUUUUUAACAAGAAUAUUACCCGCUUGUCACAAGUGACUAGUCCCAUGAACACUACACAAACGUUGCCUGUUGUAACUUCAGCGAGUAAAUUAUCAUCAACAAUUAAUGUGAGCCAAAUGGAAACUGACAAAAUCAAGACUACAGUUUCAACUGCUACAUUCCCUGUGUCUUUGACUUCACCUACUCUUUCCACAACUAGCCAGUCUUUGAUAUCAGCAACAGCAUUGAGUGGGUCUACAAACACCGCUUCUGCCUGUCAUAAUCUUGCAUCACAGCAGACAGCCGACUCCUUUGAAACUAGGCAAGAGCUGAAGACAGUGUGUAUAAGAGAAUCACAAUCUAUUCUGGUCACAACCCGAGGUGGAAACACAGGAAUUGUUAAAGUGCGAACAAACCCAGACCAGAUUUCACCUAGUAGUUUAUGUUCUAGUUCAGUUUUCACAUAUGCACCUCAACUUCAGGCUUUUCUUGUGCCAAAAACCACAGCAUUAUCGUGUUCUACUCUUUCAUCUGUAGCAACCGCCACGUCUGGUCUUCCACAUAUUGGACAAUCGUCUCUUUCUGGAUUUGCCCCCUCAACAGCUGCUUCUGUUAACAUUCCAGCUUUCCCAGCUGAUUUUACCCAGGCAAUGGAGAAAAAUAUCAAAUUCACAUUACAGCAGCCUGCUAUUGGGGGCACGUUGGGUCAAGUAAUAGAGAACUCCUGCUAUGUGUCCGCUCCUUCUUUAUCCUCCGUUUCAUUAGCUAGCAAUUUGAUAUCAGCAACUCCAAACAGCCCUGUUGGUGGGACUAGCAUUGGACAAAAUAACACUGUCAUAACUCCAAAUUCUUCUGUGCAGCAACAAGGUUAUACUAAAACUAAAACAAAUCCUGUUACACAAUCUGAGUCUAAUUCAGCAACAAAUGGAGAUUUAAUCAGUGGUACUCCAGUCCAGAAACUUACAUUAGUCACAAAUCCACCUAUUUUAUCACCCUGUGGGGCAUCAGGAGUCAGUAUUAUACCCUCUCCAGGAUCCACUGGUGUUAACGCUCAGAAGUUGGUUUUCAUUAACACACAAAUUGCCAAUGGCCCAUCAACUGCCAAUCUAGUUGCAGAGUCAUUGAAACAUAACCUUCCUUCUUCCCUAAGCAAUGCCUUUGUUAGUGCCACAGAGCAACCACAGUUGGUUCUGAUCCCAUCUACAGUAGGAGCACCAAUAAGAAUAAAUUCAACACCAACUAUUGCUCAAGUAAAAGAUGCGAAAAUUGGACUAAAUAUAGGUCAAACCAUUGUAAAUACUAAAGGCAAUGCACAACAGGCUCCACCAGUUAAUAUAUUGCAUUCUGCUGUUUCUAAGGGAGAAGACAUAAAGAGCAUGGGCUUGGCGCUGUCUUUGACAAGUAGUAGUACAUUGGUUCCAGUAACAAAUUUUGUGAGUAAAAGUGCUGUGUCAGUUAAUGAAUCUGUAUGUGUUGCAACAAAAGCUGAAAAUGCCUUUACAGUAACAACAGCAAAUGCACGUGUGGAAUCUGUUUCAGUAACAUCAAGUGGGAUGGCUUCUGGGACGUGGCCAACUGUCUUGAUUGGUGGAAAUGAUCCCUCAAAAAUAAGGCCAGUUCUGGGUAAUCGACUGUGUACAUCAAAUAUUGGAAAUACUGUGGGUAUAUCAACUGUGAAAACAGGACAUCUUGCUUCAUCUGUGCUGAUUUCAACAACGCAGCCAACAGUAUCUCCUCAAAACUUAGCAUCUGCUUUGCAGCUUCCAGUGAUUAGCUUGCCUGGAUCUGUAGCCACACCCCACAAAGUGUUACACACAAUUCCUCAAUUGGCAGCAGUUCCAGCUCCUCUUCCAGUACCAAAAAGCCAGUUGCCCACGCUGCUUCAGUAUCAAUCAUCAGGAGUUUCAGCUGCUAUGCCAAAUAAUGCAGGUAUUCACAAACCUCAAAGUGUGUUGCCCCCUCCGUCUCCAAAUGCAGGUAAAGUCAUUAGUUUUCCUAAUUUUUCUUCCCUACAAUGCCAGCAGGUGCCUCCCAGUACAGAGAAACAAAGUCAUGCUUACCCUUGUGCUUCUACCAUUCAGAUGUCUUCAGCUUCACCAACUGUACCAAGCAAGGCAGGAAGUCAGCUGAAUGAACCUUGCGUUCAACAGAAAAUAGUCAUUAACACCUGUAUGCCUUUGGCACCUGGAACUCAGAUAAUGAUUAAUGGUACUCGUUUUGUUGUUCCUCCACAAGGCCUUGGAGCUGGUAGCCAUGUUCUUCUUCUCUCUUGUAAUACAAAACAGACUCCUCCUUUAACUACUAACCAUGGUCAAGAAGCUCAAGGUGUACCAAUUGUUAAUCCAAUAACCUCAAAAAUCGUGCUUGCACCAGGGAAUUCAUUAAGUUGGCAAAUAUCAAAACAUCCUGUGAAAAGCUCUACAAAAAAUGUGAACUCUUUUGGGUCUGCAGAUGCUUUACCCAUCGUACAUGCAACACCCCAGAUACUCAAUACUCCAGCUAGCUCAUGUACUCCGCUGUCCACAGCGACGCUGUCUGUGUCUUCAGUGAUAAAACCUCCUGUUAGUGUUGUAGCUACAUCUUCUGUGGUUUCUGCCACUCAUCCUCUGAACUCUCAUUUACCAAGCAACACUUCAGUGUUUCACUUAAACACUUCUAUCAAAAAACUGUUGGUUAGUCCAGAAGGAGCCAUUUUGAAUGCUAUAAACACGCCGGCAUCAAAAGCUUCUUCCCUGUCUUCAUCACCACCUCCUGUUGUUGUGUCCACAGGCAGAAAUCCUGCCACUGUCUUCCCUGCUUCUCAGUCAUCUUCUCCCAAUAAACCUGACAAAGCUGCAUCCUGAAUUUACUGCAAAUGAGCCACUUUGAAAUUAUGGGGAUUCUUCUGACUUCAGAAGCUGUAACUGUUGAAUAAUUUGUUACAUUGUUUGAAACAGUUGAUUUACUGACAAUUACUUAAGAUUAUAGUUCUUUCUUGUUUACCUGUGGGGAUUAGGAGGAAUAAAAAUUUAUUUAGUCUGUCAGAGUUUUCAGUGAGUUCUUUGGUAAAAAGGUCAGAAAUGACUAAUGUGUUCAUUAAACAUUUUAGUUUGGAGAAAUCUAGCCUUUUGCACAUGUUCCAUCUUACAGUAUGGACUGUUUGCCAGUGUGUUUAUGACAGUAUAUAUCUCCUUUUUAUUUGUCAAAUUUAUUUUUGGUUUGUUUCUGUAAACAAAAUACUUAUGCAUUGUAAAAAUGCAGUCUAUGGAAUAGAAUUGUACAUAUUCAUGAAUUCCUAACAAUCUGUACUAAACUAUAUGUACAAAGAACUAUGCUGUCUUAUUUAUGUUUUGUUUACAUAAUGUAUAGUUUUUUAAGUAUUUUAGUAACUUUGGACCAGUGUACUGUUUAGCAACAAUGCAGAAGAAUCUGCAUAUAAUAAAUCAAGUUGCUGUACUGCUUUGUGUUGGCAAUAGUUUAAAAAUGUGUUUAUCUAUUACACCAUGGCAGAACACAUACCUAUACAUCUUCCUACUUAGUCUCAGCUUUUGGAAUAUACUAGAAUGAAAUUAUUUAAUCUCUUCUGCUCUUCUUUGUGGUUUACAUUUCAUGUGAUUUGAGAGGAAGGAAGACCGUCUUGUCGAUCCUCCUUAUAAAGGGCAGGAUAACCCAUACUUCAUCCAUUCUUAAUAAAUGUUUGGUUAUAUUGCUUAAAGUCUCCGGUGAUGUGGUAAGGCUAGAAAUAGUUUCUGAGACACCAGUCUAAGUCACACUGGUUGCUGUUCAGGACUACCAUGUUUUGUCAUAAAGCUCAUAGAUCUGCUGAACAGUUUAUUAUUCUCUUUUUUACAGCCAUGUGUGCAUUUACACAUAUCUGUUAUCUGUAACAAGGCCACUCUUUAAUCUUCUGUCUAGCCCUAACAAGCUAACCAGUUUUAUUACCAGUCAUGCUUUCUAGAUCUGCAUUUUUUUUCUUUAGCUUUUAAUUGAUCUAUCUGGAAGGACAAUGCUAAAAUAUCACACAAUAUUAAAGGAGGCCUUACUACUGCUUCGAGUGAGAAUAAUUCACAUAUUACCUAAACCUUCCUUUUUUUAUGCAGUGUAUUCAAUAUUUAUUGGCUUAGAUUCAGCUUUUGAUCUGAUAAACCCCUUGGGUUAUUUUCUGCCAAUCAGAUGAGUUCCCAGGUGCCUGCUCCAGCGUUCCUGAAAUAGGGAAAUUUUUUGGUAUAUUGUGAGACUCAGCAUAUAAAGAAGACGGUUAUUUUAGAAAUGCUGAUUUAAAAUCUGAAGUCGAAGUCUCUGUUAGUUGCUUGGAAGAUCCAGUCUGAGGCUGGACAUCUUUGUAUGUGUGGGAUUCUUUUUUGUUUCUUUUUUUUUAGAAACUAGAAGGGAAGAUUUCAGAAGAACUCAUGAAUGUUAGUUGCUUUUUUAAUAGCUAUGACUUCAAAGGGGGAUAAGAGCUUACAUAUCUGCAUUUAGCAGCGUUCUUUGACUGAUUUUCAUCAAGAUGAAUCUUAAGCUUUUGCUCCUCAUCCUGUCGAGUUUUCUCCUUCCUUUCGCCAUUUGCUGUACAGUUUUGGCAGUUUGGAUCUUGGGUUGAAGAAUAAGACCACAGCUUACUCCCUCUCUCUUGGCUGCCCUUCAUAUUGUCCUGAAAAGUAACCUGGUAACUAGUUAACUAGCGUUCUCGUUCUGGGAAAGUUGGGGGAAGAAAGGCCUUCCAUAGGGAACCUUCCCUUUCUGGACUAAUGAAAACAUUUGAAUUGGGAAAAUGCCUCUUUCUAGAUCAGCAAUCUGCAUCUUAUCUCAGAGCUGCGAAAGAUGGAAGCUGUCAGUUUUGGGGUGAGAAAAGGUUUGUGGUAUUUUAGAAGCUACCUAGUACACUUUUCCUACUUCCCAUUAAAGGUGUUACGUCAUUGAUUUUGAAGACACCCGGUAGUGAGUGGUGUCUGCCUGCCAGAGUUUACAGUAUUAAGGCUUCUUAAAUCUGACUGCAUUUUGCGUUACACUACAGGUGACUUUUACAACAGAGGAAGAUAGCGGAGAAUGGCAGUUUCUUCAUGGACAUUUUAUAUACAUUAAAACCAUAUAUACAAGCAACACAUUUUAUUUCCGUUUCUCUGGUGGAACCUUGGGAUUGACUGUCUUGGAUUUUUCUCUUACAAUGACUGUUUUUUCAUUUUUAUUUAUGUUUGUUGUAGAGUGAAUAUCUACAUUGUUUGAGAAGCUUAAGACUAGGUUCUACUAUUGCUGGCAGCCUACAUGGAGAAAAGAAAUCUUGCAUGACAUUUUUCUGUGUGCUAAUGUAGUAGAAAGAUUUAUGCUAUAAUCAGUUCUAAUAAAGAGAAAAGUUAAAAAAGCUUAAUUGGGGAACUCGGAACUCAAGCUACGUACCUGACUGAUUUUUAGAAAUUUUCUGAAUUAGCGCAAUAAUAUUUUAUAAUUGUUUCAUAAAUAUUUUAUAAUUUGGCAGGCAUAAACUUUGCAACAUGCAAAGUUUGAUGCAGUUUCAUUAGAAUUUUCAUGGACUUUUGUUCUGUACUGGACACAUGUUCAGAUUCCAAAUCUUGUUGCAGAAAGGCUGUGUAAUGGGUUUGCCUGAUUCAUUAUUUUGUAAAACAAAUUUUAGUCAUUUUUGUGAAUAAAAUUACU